UCGCUUCUUACGUUUCAAAUCUGGCGUCGCUGCACUGUGUGUUAGAAUUCAGUUGGAAGUGGUUCGGCAGGCACUUCAUUAUUCCGUUAUCAGUGAAAAAUCUGUGAUACAGCAGUUGAUUCUUGUAUCUGCUUUCUUUGAUUUUGUUCUUAGAUUUCGUCGUGCUUCAAAAGUGAUAUUUUGUGAUAAAACCCACGUUGUAGGUCAAUUAGCAUAUCUUACACAGUUUUUGCAUCACCGAUUUUUUUAUAUAUCAGAAACAUUCUAUUAAUUUAUUGCAACUAGGAUUUUCACCUGUUUUAUAAUAAAAAAAAGAGAAAAUUGUAAUAAUGGAGCUGAUGCGACCAGAUAGACCAACUAAAUGUACGUGGAAAGCUAAUGAGAAAAAUUCACCACACACAAAGCAAAUAGAGACACCAGAUCGUAAGAAAGUAUUACCAAAUAUUUUAAGUGCAAUUGGUCAGACGCCUCUUGUUCGGCUCAAUAACAUUCCUAAAUCUCGUGGGAUUAAGUGUGAAAUAUUUGCAAAAUGUGAAUUCUUCAAUCCUGGUGGCUCUGUGAAAGAUCGAAUAGCAUAUAGAAUGAUUCAAGAUGCAGAAGAAAAGGGACUGAUAAAGCCAGGAUAUACGAUUAUUGAACCAACUAGCGGCAAUACUGGAAUUGGUCUUGCGAUGGCCGCAGCAGUUAAAGGCUACAAUUGCGUUAUUGUGAUGCCAGAAAAGAUGUCUAAUGAAAAAGUAUACGUACUUCGCGCUCUUGGCGCAAAAAUAGUCAGAACGCCCACUGAAGCGGCAUGGUACAGUCCAGAAGCGCAUAUCAGUGUUGCUCAAAAAUUGCAAAAGGAGAUACCUAACAGUAUUGUUCUAGAUCAAUAUACAAAUCCUGGUAACCCAUUGGCCCAUUAUGAUCAAACUGCAACUGAGAUUUGGGAGCAGUGCGACGGGAAGAUAGACGUAGUUGUUAUCGGUGCCGGUACCGGAGGAACAAUAGCCGGAAUCGGCCGCAAAAUGAAAGAACUAUCGCCUAGUGUACAAAUUAUCGGCGUGGAUCCUGAAGGCAGUAUUCUGGCGCAGCCACCUGAGUUAAAUAAAAAUGAUAUUGGAUUUUACGAAGUAGAAGGAAUUGGAUAUGAUUUUGUACCCACGGUCUUGGAUCGCGAUGUAGUCGAUAAGUGGAUGAAGACGAAGGACCAUGAAUCGUUGAAUUUGGCACGCGAAUUGAUUCGUCAAGAGGGACUACUGUGCGGCGGCAGUAGCGGCGCGGCACUUUCAGUGGCAUUAAAAAUUGCCAAAGAUUUGUCCGAGGAUAAACGUGUGGUUGUUCUCUUGCCAGAUGGCAUACGCAAUUACAUGACCAAAUUCGUGUCGGAUGAAUGGAUGGCGGCCAGAGAUUUUGGGCCGACUGAAAUUUUGCCAGUGAUGAACGAAUGGUGGUGGCGCGUACCGAUAUCAAAUUUAUCGUUGAAGAAGCCUGUAAUGUCAAAAGGAAUGUCAUGUCAAGAAGCUGUCGAUUUCUUUAAUACUACUAGUGAUACUAAGCAAUUGUUGGUAACUGACGAUGAAGAGUUACACGUUAAAGGUGUUAUCACGCCAGAUGCGCUUCUAUCCAAUUUGAUUUCCGGUGCGGUGAAACGAACAGAUUGCGCCGAGAAAGUCAUGAUCAAACAAUUUACAAAGGUUACAGCCUCGGUUACAUUGGGCCAAUUGUCGUUUAAGCUUAAACAAGAACCUUACGCUGUUGUUCUAAAUGAUGAUAACGUUUUAAUGGGUAUUGUAAAUCAAAAUGAUAUUUUUAAUUUCAUAACUAAAGGUGAUAAUAUAGUACAUAGUAAUGGCGUUAUGUAAAAUUCGACCGUAUUGUAUAUCAUUAAAAGCAGGAUUGUCCGUU